GGGGUCGUAUUAACUCAAACAACAGUUGUGCUCGACACAUGCAACGGUGUCUGAUCAACGGCAUUGUUAUCUUUUAAAGUGUCACUCGUCGUUACUAUGAAGUUUAAAAAGACAAGUAGUGGGCGUAAUCAACCAGCACAUUCUUCAAAAUUCCUAACAAAUAUAAAAGGACGAAAUCAACGAAGGAAACAACAACGGCAACAGAAGAAACAGAAACGGGCUCUGUUUGCUGCUCGUCUCAAGGAGAAAAACAGUGAGAAUCAGAGUACAAUUUCUAUUAAGAAAAAGUUGCAGCAGCUGAAGGAAUUUGUCGAUGGAGAAAAAAAGAAAGUGAAGGCAGGGAAAAUGGAUCCACAUACUGUCAAGUCGAGUCCUGGAAAAAUCAAGAAGAUUGUGAAGGGUAAGUCCAGUAAAGGUACAGGUAUUGGUAAAUCCACUUUACCUAAACAACCUCUAGAGAAAAGUGAAGGCUUUAAAAUUUCAUCGUCCAGUACUGAUCGCAUGUCUAGACUACAGGAAUACGUCAACCAGGAAGCUGGAACCAGUCGCAUGGAUGACCAUAGCGAGAAGUCCAACAAGAAAAUUGGACAGAUUGAAAGUAAGUCAUUUGACGAGGAAGGUAAUUUGAUCAGAGAUAAACGUAAAUUGAAAAGUCUGAGAAAGGAUCAGCAAGACGAUACAAAGGAAAUAAACAAGUUGGCUAAACUUUUGGGGUACAAGAAGCCUCACCAGAAGAAGAAAGUGGCGCCAAUAUUCUCUGAUGAUUUUGGAGGCCUGUUAGAAGACAUCGAAGAAGGUACAAUGGUUAAUGCCAAUAAAUACAAAGCCAAUGAGGACGAGGCUUAUGACAGUGAUGAUGAAUUUGAAAGGGACAUGGCAAUUGCUCUUGGACAGGUAGAAGUAAAGAAUCUAAAAAACAAAGGAAAGAAUAAAGGAUUAAAAACGAAACAAAAAAUGGAAAGUACAAGUAAGGAUUUUAAAAUGGGUGACGACAAUGAAGGUGAAGAAUUUUCUGACGAGGGUGAAAUUUAUUAUGAAGAAGAAAGGUCAAAUAGGGAUACUGACGAGGAUGAGGUGUAUUACGAAGAAGUUUCAAAUAGGGAUACUCGUGAGGGUAAAGUCUAUUACGAAGAAGCGUCGAAUAGGGAUACUGAUGAGGGUGAAGUCUAUUAUGAAGAAGAAGCGUCAAAUAAGGAUACUGAUGAGGGCGAGGUCUAUUAUGAAGAAGGGUCAAAUAGGGAUACUGAUGAGGGUGAAGUCUAUUACGAAGAAGAAGCGUCAAAUAAGGAUACUGAUGAGGGCGAGGUCUAUUAUGAAGAAGGGUCAAAUAGGGAUACUGAUGAGGGUGAAGUCUAUUACGAAGAACCGUCAAAUAAUGAAACUGGGGGGAAAGAACUCUUUUAUGACUAUAGCGACUCUGAAGUCUCCAGCGAUAGUGAUGGCAUGAGAGGUAAAGAAUACGACUCAAAUGCCAGUGAACGAUUGGCCUUGGAAGAUUCUGAAAAUAGUAAGGAGGAAUAUGACACAGAUACCACAGAAAAUAUGGCCUUUAAUAAUAACGUGCCUUCCUUUGAUCGGAUAGGCACUGGGCAAUACCGAGACUUGAACGGUACAGAAGAUUUUGAUACUGAUACCAUGGAAAAUAUGAAUAAUGCACCGCUGCGUAAAGCUUGUGUGAACCCCAGAAGAAAAGAUAACAUUUCAGAUGAAUAUGGGGAUGAAUUAACUGAUGUUCCAAGUGAUGAGGAGUAUGGGGAUGAAUUAACUGAAGCUUCAAGUGAUGAUGAAGGUAGAGAACAACACCAAGGAUUACUGGAUUCUGAAGCAGAGGAAUGUGAUGAAGAAGAGAGCGAGUGUGAUGAGGAACUUGUUCAUGACUUUAGGGAUGAACCUGAGUUUGCCUUUGAAGGGGGCUCAGGCUAUUACAGUAAGCCACAGAUCUUAAAAAAUGGCCAAGAGAAUGACAUCGACAGGUACUCGAGUAACAGCGAUGACGACGAAGACCUCGAAGAUUUUGUCGUUGGUGAUGAUGAGGUACAGUUUGAAAAUGUGAGUGAUGAACUUCCAAGUGAGUUCAGUGAUUCAUCUCCUAAGAAGAUGAAGAGAAUUAUAACUAGCAGUGACAGUGACGAUGGUGAUGAUGAAGGCGUGCAUAAUAUCCCUCUUCUUCCUUGGAUGAAAAAGGGUAAACUAAAGGACAUGCGAAGCAAGAAACCAGAAAAAGCAACAGGUAAAAAGAGGAAAAGAAUAUUCAUAAUUGACGAUGAUGAAGACGAGGAGGAUAAAAAGAAAAUAAUAGGUACAAGUGAUGAUGAAAAUGAGGUGACUGUGCCAAUUAUCUGUAACAGCAACAGUGAAGAACCAGAGGAGACAAUACAUACAAAGAAGAGAACCCUAAAUGACGUCAGUAGUAGCAGUACGGAAGAACCAGAAAUAACAUAUAAGAAGAAAAAGAAAACUGUAAUUGAUGAUGAUGAUAGCAAAGGCAGUGAAGAUGAGCCUGAAAUAACAGGCAAAAAGAAAAAGAAAAGUAUAAUUGAUAAUAAUGAUGAUGAUACCAAAGGCAGUGUAGAAGAGCCAGAAAUAACAGGCAAAAAGAAAAAGAAAAGUAUAAUUGAUAAUAAUGAUGAUGAUACCAAAGGCAGUGUAGAAGAGCCAGAAAUAACAGGCAAAAAGAAAAGUAUAAUUGAUAAUAAUGAUGAUGAUAGCAAAGGCAGUGUAGAAGAGCCAGAAAUAACAGGCAAAAAGAAAAGUAUAAUUGAUAAUAAUGAUGAUGAUAGCAAAGGCAGUGUAGAAGAGCCAGAAAUAACAGGCAAAAAGAAGAAAAGUUUAAUUGAUAAUAAUGAUGAUGAUAGCAAAGGCAGUGUAGAAGAGCCAGAAAUAACAGGCAAAAAGAAAAAGAAGAAAAGUUUAAUUGAUAAUAAUGAUGAUGAUAGCAAAGGCAGCGUAGAAGAGCCAGAAAUAACAGGUAAAAAGAACAAAACAAUUGAUGAAGGAAACGACAGUACUGAAGAUGACACUGACAUUGAUCCUCAAGGAAAUAAGAGACAUUUGUUGGAGAAAGUUUCAGAUGACAAAGGGGAGACUGAUACUCUUGCACAAAGACUUGGUAAUAAGCACAGCAAGAUGACCUUAAAAAAGAAACAGAAAAUGUUCUCUGGUGAUCAACCACCAUUAGACUGUAAAAAUAAAAAAGAUUUCUUUCAUAUACCAAUUAUAAGUGAAGAUGAGGCAGGAAUUGGUCCAGUCAACAAAAAGGCAAAUGAAGAGAAUUUUGGUAAAGUUCUGCAGAAAAGGGCCCAAAUUGCAUCAUCCUGUAAGAGAAACCAAGCGGGGAAAUACUUGAGUAUACCAGUCAUUAGUGACGAGUCUGAUGAUGAAACACAGGAAAAGUCUCAUCUUAGUGAUGGAGAUCAUUCUCCAGGAAGUGCUAAAUUCAGCGAAGCUGAAGAGUCUGCAGGAAGUGCUGAAUUCAGCGAGGCUGAGGAGGAGUCUGCAGGAAGUGCCGAAUUCAGCGAGGCUGAAGAGGAGUCUGCAGGAAGUGCCGAAUUCAGUGAAGCUGAGAAAGAGUCUGCAGGAAGUGCUGAAUUCAGUGAGGCUGAAGAUGACACUCUGGCUAGUGCAAAAUUCAGUAAAAAUAAGGAAAACAGCCAAGGUGUUACAAGUAAGGGUGAAAACCAACAGCAGGAGGAAGACGGUGUAACAGAAGACAUAUAUGGCCGUUUACGUGAUAAAGAGGGAAAUGUGAUAGAAAACAAGAAGGAUGCAGCUGGUGAUGGGAAAUACAUUCCACCAGCACUUCGCAAGCUGAUGGCUCUUGAUACUGAUGAAAAGAAGAAAGAACAACUUGCCAAUCUCAAGAAAACUCUAAAGGGACUCUUGAAUCGUCUAGCGGAGAGCAAUAUGGCUGGGAUUGCUAGUCAGAUUGAAGGGCUGUACAUCAAAUACAGUCGUAACGACAUGAAUGACAUCCUGACAAAUCUCUUCAUGGACUCCCUUGUGGCGCCAUCAUUAACCCCUGAGAGAUUAGUACAGGAGCACGUUAUGCUUGUGGCAAUCCUCUCUGCGAAUGUGGGCAAUGAGGUUGGUGCUCACAUCAUGAAUGAGUUUGUGAUAAGAUGGAAUGAUGAAAUGGGUUGCUUGGUGCCAGGUGAGAAUGACGUCACUAAAGAAGUGGACAACUUGCUACUGGUUAUAGCCAACCUUUAUAACUUCAGAGUGAUGGAUCCUCAACUCGUGUAUGACAUUCUUCAUAAACUGACCAUUGGCUUUACAGAUAAAGAGGUGGAGCUCAUCCUGUUGGUUCUUCGCAGCGUGGGAUUUACUUUACGGAAAGACGAUCCUCUGGCUCUAAAAUCGCUCAUUACUGAAAUUCAGGCCCAAGCCUCUAUAGCACAAGCCAAAAAUGAGGGCAAUGUGGAAAUUUCUCGGGUGCGUUUCAUGUUAGAAGUAUUACAGGCUAUUCGUAACAACAACAUGGCUAAGAUGCCUAACUAUGAUCCCUCAAAUGUAGAACAUCUUAAAAAGGUUCUCAAAGGACUAGUGAGGAAAGGGAUGCAUUCAACUCCACUUAAUGUUUCUUUGGAAGACCUUCUAAAGGCCAGAGAGUGUGGACGUUGGUGGAUUGUGGGUUCUGCUUGGUCUGGGGACUUACCUGGAGAAAAACUUCCUUUAGGUCAGAGACAACUAGACAUUGCUAACAAGAAUAAGGUUUUAGAAAAUAAGUUCAGUGAAAAAUUUAAAGAAAGGGCAGGUAAACUGCAGCUGUCACGCCCACCUAGAAUAAACAUAUUGUACAUUAUCACAGAGGGUUCAGAAGAUUAUCUUGAUGCCUUUGAGAAACUUCUUCAGUUAAGUUUACCGAGUCAACAAGAACGAGAACUCUUCAAUGUUAUAUUGUUAUGCUCUCAGAAAAGCAAAGUUUACAACCCAUUUUUUGCACAUCUUGCUGACAGAAUGUGUAAAUUUGACAAGAAGUUUAAAAGACUUUUGCAGUUUGCUCUUUGGGACAAGUUUACAGUAAUUGAGGCCAUGAAUCCCAGAGAAACUGCUAAUUUGGGCAAAUUUGUGACACAUUUAAUAGGGGAAAAUGGUAUAAAUUUAUCAGUGUUCAAGAAUAUAUCUUUCAUGGAAGUGAGUAGCCAGAUGAUAAGCUUCUUAAGGCAAACUCUCAUUGCUCUAAUCCUUCACCCGGCCGGUGCAGAUGCAGUUGAACGUAUAUUCUCUGAGCUUUGUGCAUCUCCUAAACUCCAUAUGCUUCGCCAGAGUCUUAGAAUAUUUAUUCUCAAGUUUCUGAGAACAAAGAAAACAGGAAAUGUUAAUCAAAAGAUGUUGGCUAAAAGGAUCCAAGAUGUAAUAGAAGUUUUGAGUAAGGGAGGAGGAGUAAAAUUGUAAAUAUAUUUUGAGCACGUUUAAGUGUUACAUUACACAGAUGCUGUAUGGGUGCAUUAUGUAAAUACAGUCUGCUACUACUACAGGUUAAUUUUCUUUUUUCUUUUUCUUUUUAGGAAAAAUUUCAAAGUAAUUGCCAUUUUUAUUUUCAUUAAAUUUAGACAAACCAUGUAAUACUGUAAGUCAUAUUCAAAUUAUUCUGUCUGCCUCGAGUGUACUAAAUAGUAUCAUAAUUUAACACAGACAACUAUUUUACAUGUGUAUUAGCUUUACUAGUUUGUAAAAUUAUCCAUUCUUUAUCAGGUUUUAGAUCUCUAGCAACAAUAUUUUUAAAGAUUUUGUGAUAUGUAUAUUUUGGGAAAAAUCAACGUAAGACAUUAUAUUGUAAUUGUAAGGUGUCUCAUAGGUUAUAUACCAUAGGAAAAUUUUUUUUUUCGGGUUCUAUGAGAAUCUUAGUACAGUAGAUGAAAGAUUUUAGGUUACACCAGAGGAAGAAAUCAAGGUGGCCUUAGGUUUCAUAUGGCAUGCAACCUAUGGGGCACCCUGUAUGAAGGUGCUUAUACUGUACUAUAUUCCAAAUACUGUACAUCACCAACUGUUUCUAAUGCAGUGUUUUCAGUACUAGCACUAUACUGUUGGGGUACAUUUAACAGCCAUCCAGAUAAUUUAAACGAGGAAAAAAAAAAUUUGUAAUAUGUGCUGUCAUCAAAUACAGUACUGCAUACUGUAGUCUUAAACAAGAAACUAGAGUAAAAUCAGUUAACACUAAAAACUGUUAAAAAAUGGAUGCUUAAUAUGUUAUACUUAUACCUGUACAUACUUCAUAUACAUAAGUACAGUACUGUACCUGAUUUUAUUUGUUUUAGUAGUUUCUUUCUAAUGUAAGGAAAGGUUCCAAAAAAUCUUUUCAUUGAAGUUAAGUAUAAUUGUACUGAUUUUCAUGCUUGGCUACUGAUAUUUUACUUUUAAUACCCAUUUAGUUAGCAGUCCUCUUGGCUACCGUUACCGAUGGAAGGAUGAUCAUGAUACAGGUUAAAAAAAUUGAUUUUCUUUAUGGUACAGUAAUAUCUCCAUUAGCCGGAAUUCCUCAAACACGGAACUCUCCAAUAGCCAGAAUUUAAAUUUUUCCAGAAAAUCGGUCCCAAAGUCGUAAUUUUAUGGAACAUUUCAGAUUUGGGAACGAUUUUCCAGGGGGCACAUUUUCCCAAUACCCGGAAAAUUCCGGGGAUGGGGGAUAUUUUUACGGGUUUGAGAGAAGAUGUAAUUGGCAAUUUCUGGAUCUUCCGAGAACAUUUUCCCGUUACCCAGAAUAUUCCGGAGGUGAGGGAUUUUUUCCAGUUUCGAGAGAAUUGUCUCGUUACCUGGAAAUUAAACAUUCUCGGAAGUGCUCUGCACCAAUUGUUCCGGCUGACGAAGAUAACACUGUAGUCGUUUCCUUUUGCCUUUUUCAUAUUGCAGAAGCAACUGAGUUCCACUGCACAUCCUGCCAUACAAUAUAAUAUCCUGAAAAUAUUUGUUUCGCUAAUUUUUUAUAUACUGUACCGUAUUUGUAUUUUUGUUGUAGGUUUCUCUUAAUUUCCUCCUUGUGUAUAAUUUUUAAAACUAAGGAUUUUUUUUACUGGCAAUUAUAUUAUUUUAAUGUACUGUACAGCAGGAUGGCUGCUGCUGCUUGUACUGUACAUGGCAGUCAUACUUACAUAUAAAAUUCUUCCUUGGUUUAUUCCAGAAUUAUUGAACUUACUUUUUAUCAAGUAUCAGGAAGUUUGAAAUUUUGGAAGAAUCUGUAUGUUUUUUAACUCUGAAUAGAACCAAAGUGAGACAAUACUGAUUGAUAACUUCCCUGAUGUUUAUUACUAUAAGGAUCAUGUGGAAAUGCGAUGGGUAGUGAGCAAGAGGUAUGCCGUAUCAGGUUAGUUAAGAAGACUAGGUUUAUUAGAGUUUGUGAAUAUUCAACACUGGAAGAACUAUUAGAACAGUGGUUCCCAAACUGGGGAGCGGGCGUGAGGUGGGUACAGGGGAGGCGUGAAGCCAUCUGCCAAAUAUUUGCCUUUUUUGCUCAAAAGGAAUAUAAUGAAGAAACUCUUUCAGGACUAACUCUCUCUCCGUUUGAAUCUUCCACACAUCCAUGCAAAACCAAAGUAUAGCAGUCACCCCUAUCCGUUUUCUUCCAUUUCAUCUCUCUUCUUAUGCGUCUUGUACAUGUCAUGGAUACCAUACUGACUCUCGCACUACUCGUAUCUUUCACAACACUACCAGUCACUGAUCCUCAACAAUACUAAAAUAUAAUUAUAAUAAAAAAUUAAAUCUAUGUAGAUUUUACAUACAAAAAUAUGGGGGGGGGGGGUGUGUGAGUACUUCGCAAAAAGCAAAAGGGGGCGUCAUGUUAAAAAGUUUGGGAACCACUACAUUAGAUCAUUAAGUGUAUGUGCCUAAGAUGUCUACUUAUGUAAUGGAAUUUAGUGAUUAACAAAAUUUUGUUAGAAUGCAGAUUAGUAUUUUAAUGUCUAGAAAUUUGUUUAUGUAUUUGAAUCAUCAUUUGAAGGUGUAUGAAAAAAUGGUUAAUAUCAAGUCUCGGGAUGCAGAAUUAUCUGAUGUACUUUAAGUUUGGUCACAAAACUAAGUCUGGAAGUACUUGAUGCCUUGCUUUAAAUUGACUAUUUAUGGAUUAUGGUUUUCCAAUCCAUGGAAGAUCAUAGUAAAUUACAGUUCUGUAUAUAAUUCAUAUGCUAGAAGCAAAUAAAUAAGUACUAUACAAUAUACCUGUGAAGUCAUUCUUAGUUACUAGUCAUUGUACUCCAAGUUAGCUUUUCCAUAAUUAUGUAUGAACUAUUUUUUUCAUUUGUUCCAAAAAUUUACUGCAAAGUGAUACUCACUUUGACUUAAAAUUUUCAAACUACAGGUAUUAACAGUAUUAUAAUCAUAUCUGAAACCUUUUGUAUUUUGUAAUGUGACCUACAUAAUGAAAUAAAUACUAUUUUGGCAACACAUACAGUACUUCUUUCUUGUAUACAGUAUUUAUAUAAAGGUUUUAGACUGUGAUGUCUUAUCCUUUAAUCCUGCCAAGAGACACACCAAUAUGUUUUUAAGAGAAGUCCCUUCUGUCAUGGAGGAAGACUGUUUAUGAAUAUAUAUACUGUACCAUAUACAAACAGUAAUAUCUCCGUUAGCCAGAACAAUUGGUCCAGAGCACUUCCGGGAAUGAGAGAUUUCCGGGUAACGAGACGACUCUCAAAGCCGGAAAAAAAAUCCCUCCUCCCCGGAAUUGUCCGGGUAACAGAAAAAUGAUCUCUGAAGUUCCAGAAACUGCCCAUUACAUUAUCUCUCGAACCCGGAAAAAUGUCCCCCAUCCCCGGAAUUUUCCGGAACAUUCCGGCUUUAGGGAACGAUUUUCCGAGAAUUUCAAUUCUGUCUAUCGGAGAGUUCCGGGUUUGAGGGAUUCCGGCUAACGGAGAUAUUACUUUGAUGUAGCUUGUAAGGAGAGUUGAAUAUUAUGCUGCAUGAAAUGUCUUCGUUGUGCAAAAUACAAGCUUCUGAUACAAUAAAGAAUAUAACUGUAAUCAUA